AUGGCAGCCCAGGCCUCUAGCCCCUCCCAGGGGGGUCUUCUGCCCUCAUCAGUCAACUCAGUCCUUGCCCACUGGAAUGACUCUGAUAAGCUCAGUAGAUCCUACCCCCGGGCCAGCAGGAGAAGGCAGCUCUCUGGACUCUGCCGGCUGAGAGCGUCUCUGCCUGGGGAGAAAUGGAGCUCUUACUGUUUGUCAUCACUGACAGCUCAUAACAUUUGUAUGAGCAAAACUGCUAACUGUGGGGCUCAGUGGGAUUCUGCCUCUCUCUCCACUUCCAUUGGAAGUUCUUCUUGCUCCUUUUUGCAUCCCCUGGCUGUGGAGGAAUCCAGCCAGCACCUCCCUGCACGGAAUCAAAACAAAGCCAUCCUCACUGUUGAUGCCAACACAACAGAGAUCCUAGUGGCUAAUGACAAAGCCUGCCAGCUGUUUGGGUGCAGGAGUGAGGAACUCAUUGGUCAAAAGCUGUCCCACUUGAUAUGCAAAUCCAGUCAAGAGGCAUGGAAAGCUGUGGGUGAGGAGAACAUAGGAACUGAUGAGCAUCCAUUGGUGAUUUCAGGAACUGUGGUGGAUGUUGUUGGCCAUCUGCAAGAGAAGAUCCCCGUCUCAGUCUGGUUGAGGGAAAUAAGAAGCAAGGACAACCACUGCUGUGUGGUUGUGCUGGAACCAGUGGAAAGACUUUCAGCUUCUGUUUCCUUCAGGGCUGAUGGAGAGAUUACAUCAUGUGACCUCCUUUUUGCCCAUCUCCAUGGCUACCCAGCAUUGGAAGAGGUAGUUGGGCUCCACAUAAAGGACCUGAUUCCUUCUGUGCAGAUCCCUACUCUAGGCAAAAAAAUCCCAGAGAAUCUCAGGAUCCAGCGAGCUGUAGGCAGAUCCAGAGAGGGUAACACGUUUCCUCUCAGUUUGAAGCUGCAAGUAGGGCUUCCGGAGGAGGACCAAGCAGCAGUGCAGGAAGAUGUUCCACAGACAACACAAGGGGGCUCUUCCACAGGCUACCAUUACUCUGCUACAGUUGUGGUUUUCUGUACCAUCAGUGGUCUUAUCACUGUCCAAUCAGAUGGAACCAUCUGUGGUAUCAAGGAUAGCUUUGCUUUGAUGCUGUUUGGCUAUGAAAAGAAGGACCUGGUGGGAAAGAACAUCACAUUCCUGAUCCCUGGUUUCUAUAACAACAUGGAAAGAAGCAGUGACUGUUCUUUGCCAUUGCCUUCUCUUGACAACUCCAUGGGGACAGAGGACAGCAGCUUCUUGGCUGCAUCUUUAGCAAGCCUUCUCUCAAAAGAUGAAGAGCAGAAAUUGGAAAGAAGACACAAAGAAGACAGAUUAAUACAUGAUGAGAUUAAACAAAAGAAUGGGACCAGUUUCUUUUCUACUCCCUCACCUCCUGAAGUGGCAUCCACACCCUCUAAUAGGUUAGAAGGCAAUCUAGACCUUGCAUCCUAUGGCCCCAUUAAGCCACCUUCUGAUUUUACUUGUAACUCACCUGGAACACCAACCAUGGAUGAGCCAUGUUCUGGGAGAACACUGGACUGCAGACAGGACUUUCACAGCCAGAUGCUUACAGGGCAAUUGUCAAAAACAAAUCUUGUGUGUGAUGCAAAACAUUCCAGCCUUGAGCCCAUUGUCAGUGAAAACUGCCUGCUAAAUGAUGCUUCAUCCUUCCUUGCAAAUGGAAGGAUCACAAUCCAUGAUGUUUGCUCUGGAAAUAAAAUGGGUUGCAGAGCUUCUGCACCAGGAGUUGCCACACCCUCUGAAAGUGUUACAGAGUUAGGCACUGAGCUGAACUGUAUUUGCUCUGUUCUUGAAGUACUGGAUCUGGAUAUUGGUGCCAAGGGGAACUCAAACAAUUGUUUGGGUAUUACUGCAGCUCUUGGAACACCCUCUUCUAAUACAGUGGACUGGGCUGGAGACAAUAUGCCAGCUCAGAAAAACAAUGCCCUUUCAACUGGUCAAGGAGGGCAGCUGGUGGAUGGUGUUACCAUAGAAGAUGGUUCUGGAUUACUGGCCUUCCCAAGGCAGAUAGAAAACUCAGAAGAAUCCUCCAAAGCAUUUCUUGAGAAGCCUAAAACUCUUGCAGAGUCUCCAAGGGACAACAUCAAGAGAAACCCCCUGAAAAGCAAAAGGAGUCCUGAAGAGGACUGUGUGUUGCAUGGGCAGGAAAAUCUGGAGAUAAAAAUUACAUCAACCCCAGUGAAACAAGAAGAAAGGCUGAAUCCAGCAGCUCCUUUGACCUUGGAGAUUCUGGAAGGCAGCUACUCUGGGAAUUGCUGUCACAGAGAUGGUUCACAGUUAAGUGUACUCUUUGAAGUGAAACGUGUAGAACUGCAGGACCCUGCCAUACUUUUCUGUGUCUGGGUGAUGAAAGACCUUCAGCGCCAGAAAGAAGCUGCAGCAAGCACUCAGCUUCUGCUCUCCAAUCUGGCAAGCUCUGCCCAGUCUUUUGCAGAUCUUUCUACACAGAGUCUUGGAGAAGCCAUCAGAUCAACUUCCCUUUUUGAGAAUUCCCGAAGAGCUGAAGAACUUGAAGGAUUAAGGGCAUGUGAGGGAGAAUAUGCAAAAAAUUAUACCACUCUCAGUCUUAUUGGCAAAGGAUCUUUUGGCUUUGUUUGGACUGCCAGGGACAAGCAAGAUCACCAGGAGGUUGUUGUCAAGUUCAUCUGGAAGGAGAGGGUGCUUGAGGACUGCUGGGUAGAUGAUCCUGACCUGGGGAGAGUUACUCAAGAAAUCUCCAUCCUUUUGAAGCUGCAGCACCCCAAUAUCAUUAAGGUGCUGAAUGUCUUUGAAAAUGAACACUUUUUCCAACUAGUGAUGGAGAAGCAUGGAUCUGGUCUGGAUCUGUUCACAUUCAUUGAUAAUCAGCCCAACUUGGAUGAGCCAUUAGCAAGCUAUAUAUUCAGACAGCUUGUCUCAGCUGUUGGGUAUCUCCACUGUAGAAAUAUUCUCCACAGAGAUAUCAAGGAUGAAAACAUUGUCAUUGCUGAAGAUUUUACCAUUAAAUUAGUGGACUUUGGUUCAGCUGCCUACCUGGAACCUGGCAAAUUGUUUUAUACCUUUUGUGGGACAAUUGAGUACUGCUCUCCAGAAGUGCUGUCUGGCAAACCGUACCAUGGCCCUGAGCUGGAGAUGUGGUCCCUUGGUGUCACCCUUUACACACUAGUAUUUGGAGAGAAUCCCUUCUGUGAGCUGGAGGAAGCAAUGGCAGCUGUCCUGAACCCUCCUUGGCCUGUGUCAAAAGGUCUCAUGGAUCUCAUGGCUGGGCUUUUGCAUCCCGUCCCAGAGCAGCGCACCACCCUCCCCGUGUUAGUAGAGGAUGGUUGGCUGAAGCAGCCUGUGAACCUGGGGGACUAUACCUGGGAAGAGGUAUUCAUCUCUCCUGAGUCAGGAAGCAACAGAUUCAGAAACAGCUCUGGUGAGCACACACAUGGAGACAGGCUCCCAGCUGUGGAGACUGAGCCAUCCUUGGAUGCUCCUGACUUUCUGCUGGAGGAGCCGCGCCAGCUCUACCACCACUUCCAGUACGCCUACUUCAGGAUGGGGAUUCAGCAGAAGGAGAUGGUGAAGGCCCGGCUUUUCCAAAUGCCCUUCGCCGAGCUCAGGAACCGGCACAUCUUCCUGGAGCGCCGGGGGCUCUACCAGACACCGCUCAAAGGCCAGACCCAAACCUCUAACCCGAAACUAAAGGACGUCCUUCAGCUCCCAGAAAAAGACUUCCUGGCCAGCCUGGCCUGCUCUACCGUGGAGGAGUAUGAAGUCUUCAAGAAGCUGCUGGCUCGAGAGGAGGAGGAAGAAGAAGAGGAGGAGGAAGAAGAAGAAGAGGACACAGAUGCGUUAUACACAGAGGAAGACUAA